GCGAAAAUCUUGAAAUCGGCAAACAUCUUGAAUUCAGGAUUUUGGAAAGCUAAAAUCUUGAAUUCCGCCAAAAUCUUGAAUUCAGGCUUUUGGAAAGCUAAAAUCUUGUAAUCGGCCAAAAUCUUGAAUUGAGGAUUUUGGAAAGCUAAAAUCUUGAAAUCGGCCAAAAUCUACAAAUUGAGGAUUUUGGAUAGCUAAAAUCUUGAAAUCUCCCAAAAUCUUGAGUUUAUGGUUUUGGAAAGCUAAAAUCAUGAAAUUGCCUAAAAUUUUGAAUUUAGGAUUUUGGAAAGGUAAGAUCUUGAAGUCGACCAAAAUCUAAAAUUGAGGAUUUUGGAAAGCUAAAAUCUUGAAAUUGGCCAAAAUCUUGAAAUCAGGAUGUUGCAAGGCUUAAAUCUUGAAAUCGGCCAAAAUCAUGAACUCAGGAUUUUGGAAAGCUAAAAUCUUGAAAUCGGCCAAAAUCUUAAAUUUAGAAUUUUGGAAGGCUUAACUCUUGAAAUCGUCCAAAAUCUUCAUUUCAGCAUUUUCGAAAGCUAAGAUUUUGAAAUCGGCCAAAAUCUUGAAUUCAGGAUUUUGGAAAGCUAAAAUCUUGAAAUCGGCCAAAAUCUUGAAUUUAAGAUUUUCGCAAGCUAAAAUCUUGCAAUCCGCCAAAAUCUUGAGUUCAGGAUUUUAUAAAGCUAAAAUCUUAAAAUGGGCCAAAAUGUUGAUUUCAGGAUUUUGGAAAGGUAAGAUCUUGAAAUCGGUGAAAAUCUCUAAUUUAGGAUUUUGGAAAGCUAAAACCUUGAAAUCGGCCAAAAUCUUAAAUUGAGCAUUUUGGAAACCUAAGAUCUUGAAAUCGGCAAAAAUCUGAAAUUAAGGACUUUGGAAAGCUAAAAUCUUGAAAUCGGCCAAAAUCUUGAAUUUAAGAUUUUGGAAGGCUAAAGUCUUGAAAUCGUCCAAAAUCUUGAAUUCAGGAUUUUGGAAAGCUCCAAUCUUGAAAUCCGCAAAAAUCUUGAAUUCAGCAUUUUGGAAAGCUAAAAUCUUGAUAUCCGCCAAAAUCUUGAAUUCAGGAUUUUGGAAAGCUAAGAUCUAGAAAUCGGCCAAAAUCUUGAAUUCAGGAUUUUCGAAAGCUAAAAUCUUCAAAUCAGCCAAAAUCUUCAAUGCAGGAUUUUUGAAAGCUAAAACCUUGAAAUCUGCCAAAAUAUUAAAUUCCCCAAAAAACAUGAAUACAGGAUUUUAGAAAUCUAAAAUCUUGAAAUCGUCCAAAAUCUUGAAUUCAGGAUUUUGGAAAGCUAAAAUCUUAAAAUCCGCUAAAACCUUGAAUUCAGGAUUUUGAAAUCUAACAUCUUGAAAUCACCCAAAAUCUUGAAAUAGGUCAAAAUCUCGAAUGGAGGAUUUUGGAAAUCUAAAAUCUUGAAAUCGGCCAAAAUCUUGAAUUCAGGAGUUUGGAGAGCUAAAAUCUUGAAAUCGGCCUAAAUCUUCAAUGCAGGAUUUUUGAAAGCUAAAACCUUGAAAUCUGCCAAAAUAUUAAAUUCCGCCAAAAUCAUGAAUUCAGGAUUUUAGAAAGCUAAAAUAUUGAAAACGGCCAAAAUCAUGAAUUCAAGAUUUUGGAAAGCUAAAAGCUUGAAAUCGGCCAAAAUCUUGGAUUCAGGAUUUUGCAAGGUAAAAUCUUAAAGUCGGCCAAAAUCUUUAAGUUAGGAUUUUGGAAAGCGAAAAUCUUGAAAUCGGUCCAAAAUCUUGAAUUCAGGAUUUUGGAAAGCUAAAAUCUUGAAAUCCACAAAAAAUUUUGAAUUCAGGAUUUUGGAAAGCCAAGAUCUUGAAAUCGGCCAAAAUCUUGAAUUUAGGAUUUUGGAAAGCUAAAAUCUUGAAAUCGGCCAAAAUCUUGAAUUUAGGAUUUUAGAAAGCAAAAAUCUUGAAAUGGGACAACGUCUUGACUUCAGGAUUUAGCAAAGCUAAAAUGUUGAAAUCCGCCAAAGUCUUGCAUUCAGGAUUUUGGAAAGCUAAAAUCUUGAAAUCGACGAAAAUCUUGAAUUCAGGAUUUUAGAAAGCUAAAAUCUUGAAAUUAGCCGAAAUCUUGAAUUCAGGAUUUUGGAAAGCUAAGAUCUAGAAAUCGGCCAAAAUCUUGAAUUCAGGAUUUUCGAAAGCUAAAAUCUUCAAAUCAGCCAAAAUCUUCAAUGCAGGAUUUUUGAAAGCUAAAACCUUGAAAUCUGCCAAAAUAUUAAAUUCCCCAAAAAACAUGAAUUCAGGAUUUUAGAAAUCUAAAAUCUUGAAAUCGUCCAAAAUCUUGAAUUCAGGAUUUUGGAAAGCUAAAAUCUUAAAAUCCGCUAAAACCUUGAAUUCAGGAUUUUGAAAUCUAACAUCUUGAAAUCACCCAAAAUCUUGAAAUAGGUCAAAAUCUCGAAUGGAGGAUUUUGGAAAUCUAAAAUCUUGAAAUCGGCCAAAAUCUUGAAUUCAGGAGUUUGGAGAGCUAAAAUCUUGAAAUCGGCCUAAAUCUUCAAUGCAGGAUUUUUGAAAGCUAAAACCUUGAAAUCUGCCAAAAUAUUAAAUUCCGCCAAAAUCAUGAAUUCAGGAUUUUAGAAAGCUAAAAUAUUGAAAACGGCCAAAAUCAUGAAUUCAAGAUUUUGGAAAGCUAAAAGCUUGAAAUCGGCCAAAAUCUUGGAUUCAGGAUUUUGCAAGGUAAAAUCUUAAAGUCGGCCAAAAUCUUUAAGUUAGGAUUUUGGAAAGCGAAAAUCUUGAAAUCGGUCCAAAAUCUUGAAUUCAGGAUUUUGGAAAGCUACAAUACUCAAAUCGGCCAUAAUCUUGAAUUCAGGAUUGGGCAAGGCUAAAAUCUUGAAAUCGGCCAAAAUCUUGAAUUCAUGAUUUUGGAAGACUAUAAUCUUGAAAUCUGCAAAAUUCCGAAUUCAAGAUUUUGGAAAGCUAAGAUCUUAAAAUCCGCCAAAAUCUUGCAUUUAGGAUUUUGGAAAGCUAAAAUCUCGAAAUCGGCUAAAAUCUUGAAUUAAGGAUUUUGGAAAGGUAAAAUCUCGAAAUCGGCAAAAUCUACAAAUUGAGGAUUUUGGAUAGCAAAAAUAUUGAAUUGUCCCAAAAUCUUGAGUUCAUGCUUUUGGAAAGCUUAAAUCUUCAAGUCGGCCAAAAUCUUGAAUUCACGAUUUUGGAAAGCUAAGAUCUCGAAAUCGGCCAAAAUCUUGAAUUAAGGAUUUUGGAAAGCCAAAAUCUUGAAAUCAGCCAAAAUCUUAAAUUUAGGAUUUUGGAAAGCUAAAAUCUUGAAAACGGCCAAAAUCUUGAGUAUAGGGUUUUGAAAACGUGAAAUCUUGAAAACGGCCAAAUUCUUGAAUUCAGGAUUUUGGAAAGCUAAAACCUUGCAAUCGGCCCAAAUCUUAAAUUCAGGAUUUUGGAAAGCUAAAAUCAUGAAAACGGCCAAAAUCUUGAGUUUAGGAUUUGGGAAAGCUAAAAUCUUGAAAUCGGCCAAAAUCUUAAAUUUAGGAUUUUGGAAGGCUUAAGUCUUGAAAUCGGUCAAAAUCUUGAAUUCAGGAUUUUGGAAAGCUAAAAUCUUGAAAUCCGCCAAAAUCUUGAAUUCAGGAUUUUGGAAAGCUAAGAUCUUCAAAUCGGCCAAAAUCUUGAAUUUAGGAUUUUGGAUAGCUACAAUCUUCAAAUCGGCCUUAAUCUUGAAUUCAGGAUUUGGGAAAGCUAACAUCUUGAAAUCGGUCAAAAUCUUGAAUUCAGGAUUUUGGAAAGCUAAAAUCUUGAAAUUAGGCAAAAUCUUGAAGUCAGGAUUUUGGAAAGCUGAAAUCUUGAACUCGACCAAGAUCUUAAAAUAAGAAUGUUGGAAAGCUUAAAUCUUGAAAUCGGCCAAAAUCUUAAAUUCAGGAUUUUGGAAAGCUAAAAUCUUGAAAUCUGCCAAAAUCUUGAAUUCAGGAUUUUGGAAAGAUAAAAUCUUCAAAUCCGCCAAAAUCUUGAAUUCACCAUUUUAGAAAGUUAAGAUCUUGAAAUCGGUCAAUAUCUUGGAUUUAGGAUUUUGGAAAGCUAAAAUCUUGAAAACGGCCAAAUUAUUGAAUUCAGGAUUUUGAAAAGCUAAAAUCUUGAAAUCGACCAAAAUCUUGAAUUGAGCAUUUUGGAAAGCUAAGAUCUUCAAAUCGGCCAUAAUCUUGAAUUCAGGAUUAAGGAAGGCUAAAAUCUUGAAAUCGGCCAAAAUCUUGAAUUCAUGAUUUUGGAAGGCUAUAAUCUUGAAAUCCGCAAAAUUCUGAAAUCAAGAUUUUGGAAAGCUAAGAUCUUAAAAUCCGCCAAAAUCUUGAAUUCAGGAUUUUGGAAAGCUAAAAUCUUGAAAUCGGCCAAAAUCUACAAAUUGAUGAUUUUGUAUACCAAAAAUCUUGACUUCUCCCACAAUCUUGAGUUCAGACUUUUGGAAAGCUAAAAUCUUGAAUUCACGAUUUUGAAAAGCUAAGAUCUUGAAGUCGACCAAAAUCUAUAAUUCAGGAUUUUGGAAAGCUAAAGUCUUGAAAUUGUCCAAAAUCUUAAAUUUAGGAUUUGGGCAAGCUAAAAUCUUGAAAUCCGCCAAAAUAUUGAGUUCACGAUUUUAGAAAGCUAAGAUCUUUAAAUCAGUCAAAAUCUAGAAUUCAGGAUUUUGGAAAGCGAAAAUCUUGAAAUCGGCCAAAAUCUUGAGUUCAGGCUUUUGGAGAGCUAAAAUCUUGAAAACGGCCAAGUUAUUGAAUUCAGGAUUUUGAAAAGCUAAAAUCUUGAAAUCGACCAAAAUCUUGAAUUGAGCAUUUUGGAAAGCUAAGAUCUUCAAAUCGGCCAAAAUCUUUAAUGCAGGAUUUUUUAAAGCUAAAACUUGAAAUCUGCCAAAAUAUUAAAUUCCGCCAAAAUCAUGAAUUCAGGAUUUUAGAAAUCUAAAAUCUUGAAAUCGGACAAAAUCUAGAAUUCAGGAUUUUGUAAAGCUAAAAUCUUAAAAUCCGCCAAAAUCUUAAAUUCAGGUUUUUGGAAAGCUAAAAUCUUGAAAUCCCCCAAAAUCUUGAAUUCAGGAUUUUCGAAAAGUAAAAUCUUCAAAUCCGCCAAAAUCUUGAAUUCUGGAUUUUGGAAAGCUAAAAUCUUGAAAUCGGCCAUAAUCUUGAAUUCAGGAUUUUGGAAAGCUAAAAUCUUCAAAUCCGCCAAAAUCUUAAAUUCUGGAUUUUCGAAAGGUAAAAUCUUGAAAUGCGCCAAAAUCUUGAAUUCUGGAUUUUGGAAAGCUAAGAUCUUGAAAUUGCCAAAUUCUCGAAUUCAGGAUUUUGGAAAGCUACAAUCUUCAAAUCGGCCAAAAUCUUUAAUUCAGGAUUUUGGAAGGCGAAAAUCUUGGAAUCGGCUAAAAUCUUGACUUUAGGAUUUUGGAAAGCUAUAAUCUUGAAAUCCACCAAAAUCUUGAAUUUAGGAUUUUGCAAAUCUGAAAUCUUGAAAUCUGCCAAGAUCUUGAAAUCAGAAUGAUGGAAGGCUUAAAGCUUGAAAUUCGCCAAAAUCUAGAAUUCAGGAUUUUGGAAAGCUAAAAUCUUAAAAUCCGCCAAAAUCUUGAAUUCAGGAUUUUGGAAAGCUAAAAUCUUGAAAUCCGCCAAAAUCUUGAAUUCAGGAUUUUCGAAAGCUAAAAUCUUGAAAUUGGCCAAAAUCUUGAAUUCAGGAUUUUGGAAAGCUAAAAUCUUGAAAUCGGCCAUAAUCUUGAAUUCAGGAUUUUGGAAAGCUAAAAUCUUGAAAUCCGCCAAAAUCUUGAAUUCAGGAUUUUCGAAAGCUAAAAUCUUGAAAUCCGCCAAAAUCUUGAAUUCUGGAUUUUGGAAAGCUAAGAUCUUGAAAUCGGCCAAAUUCUUGAAUUCAGGAUUUUGGAAAGCUACAAUCUUCAAAUCGGCCAAAAUCUUUAAUUCAGGAUUUUGGAAGGCUAAAAUCUUGGAAUCGGCUAAAAUCUUGACUUCAGGAUUUUGGAAAGCUAUAAUCUUGAAAUCCACCAAAAUCUUGAAUUUAGGAUUUUGCAAAUCUGAAAUCUUGAAAUCUGCCAAGAUCUUGAAAUCAGAAUGAUGGAAGGCUUAAAGCUUGAAAUUCGCCAAAAUCUAGAAUUCAGGAUUUUGGAAAGCUAAAAUCUUAAAAUCCGCCAAAAUCUUGAAUUCAGGAUUUUGGAAAGCUAAAAUCUUGAAAUCCGCCAAAAUCUUGAAUUCAGGAUUUUCGAAAGCUAAAAUCUUGAAAUUGGCCAAAAUCUUGAAUUCAGGAUUUUGGAAAGCUAAAAUCUUGAAAUCGGCCAUAAUCUUGAAUUCAGGAUUUUGGAAAGCUAAAAUCUUGAAAUCCGCCAAAAUCUUGAAUUCAGGAUUUUCGAAAGCUAAAAUCUUGAAAUCCGCCAAAAUCUUGAAUUCUGGAUUUUGGAAAGCUAAGAUCUUGAAAUCGGCCAAAUUCUUGAAUUCAGGAUUUUGGAAAGCUACAAUCUUCAAAUCGGCCAAAAUCUUUAAUUCAGGAUUUUGGAAGGCUAAAAUCUUGGAAUCGGCUAAAAUCUUGACUUCAGGAUUUUGGAAAGCUAUAAUCUUGAAAUCGGCCAAAAUCUUGAAUUUACGAUUUUGGAAAUCUGAAAUCUUGAAAUCUGCCAAGAUCUUGAAAUCAGAAUGA